GGACAAGGGAGAAUGGAUUUAAACUGAAAGAGGGCUACUCGACAUGCUGAAUUGGUGGCAAUUGAUCAGGUCUUGGACUGGUGCAAGCAACAAAACAGAGAUUAUACGGAAGUGUUUGCAAACUCGGUAAUGUAUGUAACGGUAGAGCCUUGUAUCAUGUGUGCAGCUGCUCUGCGCUUGAUGAAAAUUCCACGGGUUGUAUAUGGCUGUCGAAAUGAGCGAUUUGGAGGCUGUGGCUCAGUUUUGAGCAUCUCGUCUGAUGAUAUGGUGGACUCAGGAGAACCAUUUGAAUGCGUUUCUGGCUAUCGUGCCAAAGAAGCAGUGGAAAUGUUAAAAGCUUUCUACAGGCAAGAAAAUCCCAACGCACCAAAAUCCAAAGUACGGAAGAAGAACCAUCGUAAUUAG